AUGGGAAAAGAGACUGAAGAGCCCUGGGAUGAAAAUGAAGCUCUUCGAAUUACGGCUCAACUCGCGGUCGCUCUAGACUACGUCCAUAACCAAAACGUCGUCCACCGAGAUGUCAAGCCCGAAAACGUCCUUCUUUCCGCCGACAAGAAAACUGCGAAACUUGCCGAUUUCAACAUUUCCCGCACCGUCGAAUCGACGAUCAACACUGGCGUCGCCGGAACCGUCGAUUAUUACCCUCCAGAAACGGUCAAAAAUCAGGAAAAAGAAGAACUGUCCUUCAGGCGGGACAUUUGGUCGUAUGGAGUGGUUAUGCAAAUGCUUUGUACCUUCAGGAAUCCAUUUGCAGCGGACAGUAGCUUCCAGACAAUGAUGAACAUCGCCCAAAACAUUCGAAAUCCUGCUGAGGUCGCGUUCCCGGUUAUGGAAACUUUGAUCAAGCAAUGCUUGGUUGUCGAAGUUGGCGAGCGAGUCGAAAGCGUAACUGCACUGAUGAGGCAGCCUGUUUUGUGGAGUUUGGUCGAGCAGCUCAAGAAUCAAAUUAAACCAGAAAAUCUUUCUUUUGGCCUAAAUCGACUCGAAACAAAAGAAUUGAUCAACGAACAUCUCAUCAAACAGAUUCAGAUAAUCGUUGGCGAAAACAAGAAGAACAUGGAAAACGCUCAAGUCGAAAUCUCUGCGCUUCAAGAAAAAGUUCACAUUUUGGAGGCGACUAUUCAAAGUCAAAUGUUCGGAACACUUUCGCUGAUCCGAAAAAAAGUACCGCCAAUUCCAUCCGAAAACGCCGCCGACGUCCAGACAACGAGCUACAAUCCUUUGGUUCCAGUUUUAUCAGCCGCCAUUCCCGUCUUUAUAGGACUGCUAGUCUUUAUCGCCGCCGCAGUCAGUUACAGAAGCAGACACAGAAGACUCAUCAACGCCAUUUUCUGCGUCAAAGUGCCAGCGGAGCAAGACAGCGGGAGAACACAUCAAAAGGAACCUCUAAGGAAAUGCCAUGUUUGCGACGAUCCCCUUCUCAAGGCAACACAAGUAAGCGAUCGUCGUUCGAAAUCGACUGUUGUAGAGCACUAUAAUCAAUGCGAGAUGACGGAGAAAAUCUUUGAUGACUUGUCGAUGAUCAAUGAAGAACUUCUGAAGAAUCAUCAGGACUACAAAGAAGGGCACGCAUGUUCCUUUUGUGGCAAACAAAACCUCAAGAAAGACAGAUACCUCCUCCUUCACUACCUCUUUUGCGCAAAAGUAAAAGACAUCUUUGACGCUUAUAGAAAUGCGCAAAAUCUUGAUUCACAGCAAUCAUUGACAGAAAACCUAGCCGCUCUUGAACCCGCCGUGGAAACGCAGAACUCCUCAACUAGUUCGUCUUCUCAAAGUUCUUCGGGCUCAAGUCAGGACUAUGUCGAAACGGCGGCGAACAACUCAACAGAUGAAGAUGAAGAGAGAGAAAUUCUUAAUUCAACAAGAGAAUCAUUCGGAGAAACGAUGAGCCAUCUGGGAAGCGCAAAGAAAAAAGUGGUUGAGAAGGCAUCGCGCGAAAUAAGUGAUCAAAUGAACGUGUUCUAUGAGGCUCGUGAACUCUUUCUUCCGGAAAAUUCGUUCAAUGCGCACAUCGCGAAGCACUGGCAUUCCGUCAAGAAGAAAGAGAAGAUUCAGAUUCUAGCAGCUUGCUUGCCAGAAGAGUUUCUACGAGGUUGCGCAGAUGAGACCGUUCGGAAAUAUAUUUCAUAUUUCAACAAAAUCUCGAAAAAAUACGCAAAGAAAAACCAUCCUCAGCUUAUGACGCGAGCUCAUUUUACAGAAGCGUUGGAUCUAAAAGAAAAACAGCUUUAUGACUUGGAUAACAUCGAAGAGCCGGAAGGUCGUCGCCUGCGCAAAAUUAAAGACGAGGACAUUCACUACAUUUUGAAAUACCUCUUCUUUAGCUCUGAUGAAAGCCCAGAAACAGACGUUUACGAAGCAUUUACGCACAGACUGCGCGCAAAUACAUCUGAAAACUUCUUCAAAGUCUUCCUGAGUCCGGAAAAUCGAAACCUUUACGGUAUACAAGAGUUCAUGAAAGAUGGAAAAGAAAAAAUUCGCGUUUGUCGUCGCCUCUGUCACACAAAAUACACACUGCUUUGGGAAGAGAUGAACAAGAGAAGAGUUCUUGAAGACAAAGAGGAGAUUUCUGCAUUUCAUUUUAAAAAUCUAAUUCCGAAGAUGUUUGUGGAGCCACGAGUGAAAGAUCAAUUCAGCUGCAUCUGUCCUCCUUGCUAUAACUUGCGCAAUAUUUGCGGAAGAGUCUCCGAUCUCCUUUUUCACGUUGAAAUUACUACCAGGAAACUCACUCUAGAAGAGACACUCACCUUUCUUAUGGCCUCGAAAGGAUGUAAGCAGCCACUCUACCAAGAUCUUGGAGUGUUCGCCCCUUCCUGUGCUGAAUUUAAAUGCAGUUGCUCUGAAGACUCGAACCUGGAUUUUUCAACUACGCUGAAAAAAUACGAGGAAAUCAAGGAUAUCAUGGAGGACAACGGCCCUCAAAACAUGAUGGUCUUUAAAACGAAAGUUAUGGAGAGACUUGCACGAAAAAGGCAUCAUGGAGGAGCUAUUAAAGAUAUUGCACAAACAAAAACGUAUUCAGCCAAGGGCCUUAUUAUUGAACUGGCGAAAUUCUCGCGCGCAGAUCUUGCACAUUUAACGGAAACGAUCCUCUCCGCACAUCUCUGCUCGAAACUUCGCAUGGGAGAAAUUCACCCAAGAGAUGUUCUUAUCGCCGAGGCAGACUUCGCUGGCGAAUUCUCUGCUGGCAAAAGUGGUGGAACUUCAACACAAGCUAAUACUUUGCGAUCCGGUGCAGACAAGGAUGAGUUGAUUGUUCACACGCUGAUUCUCUGGGGCUAUCGUUUGUCCGACAAUAACGAGUCUGAACGGAUCCGUUUCAACUCAACUCUGAUGCUCUGGAGGAACGACUCACUCAAAAGUGCAAAGAAAGGCCCGCAUAUCGUCAAGAAGCACUUCCAAAUGGCAAUUCAGUUUGCUAAAGAGAACAAGAUCUUCGAUGAAUUUCAUCGCUCGAUUCUUCUCACAGAUCAGGCUGGGGACUAUAAAUCUCAAAGAGUUCUCUCGGACUUGAACGAUGUCGAUGGUUGGGGAAUGCCCGUCACUAAAGUCUUCAAGCAAGCCCGCCACGGCAAAUCUACCAUCGAUGCCGUUGGCGGGCGGGCUAAGAUCGCGAUGCGCGCGGAUGAGAUGAACGGUCUUUGCAUUCCGACUCUUGAGCUGAGCGAUUAUGUCCUGAAAUUGAACGAAAAAAUGAAGGACAAAGACAAGGACGAUGGGAUUUUCAUCAACUUCGCGCAUGAGCCGAAGGAAACUGACCUCCAAAUUUUGCGCAUCCACGACAGCGUUUUCGACAAGAUGACAAAGCUACAAAAGAAAGACACCGAAGGGAAUCCUAUCAAGACCAGCAUGUCUUCAAUAAGAAUGGUCAAAUGCAAGGAGAUCCAGAAGAGCAGACGUGAUUUUGUCGAGUUUUCUGUCAGCCACAACGUUUGCCCGAAUCUUUGCUGCUUGUUCGAUGAUUCUGAUUUUUGUGCCGAUUGUACAUCAUAUAAACUGCUUGCUAAUUCUGCCGAAUUUCAUUUUGACAAAUAA